GCUCCAACAUGUUAUACGACGUGUGAAUAAGUUUGUGCUUAGCUUUCCAAUUUUCUGUAACGUAUAAAAGUAGGGGUCGUCUUUCAAUUUUCUCUAUAAAUCGACCGCACAACGGUCCGUCAGGGAAGAAAAGACAAGAAGUAAGAACUGGCUACUGAAAAAGCAACAGUGACAAACAAGCUAGAGAAAACAAGCUUUGUUAAAACUUGUUUGUUAAACCGUGCAAAAACUUUCUCAAAGUUCCUUCGCCUUUCACUAUAUUCGAGAAACUAGUAUUUGGUAAAGCAUUAUACGCGGUUUGAAUUGAGUAUGGCGGAAAAUCCACAACAACAACAACAGGAGCCGAUGGAAGAAGGAGUUGUUCCACAGAGCGAGCCAUUGAGCGCCGAUCAAGUUCAGAACAGCGCGGGUGGGUUUGGAUGGGUAGUGGACGAUAUGUGUCGAGUAAGGCGUUUUGUCUUCAUGGGUGCUGAAAGCCCAACAUACUACGUAACUCAACCCAAGCUAGCCAAGGAGAAUGCAACCGCUCUGUUCAAUCUUAUUUCUGCCGGAAAGGGAAAAGAAGUUGUUGAAAUGAUCGAAAAAUACAGCGUCGAAGGUCGAGCGGCUAAGCAAGAUCCUAUCAUUUUCUGCCUCGCUGCGUGCGCACGCUGCAACCACGAAGACACAAAGAAAGCGGCGUACGAAAGCUUGAAUAAGAUCCUAAGGAUCCCAACACAUUUAUUCACAUUUGUUGAGCUAUGUGAAUGUCUUAGCAGCCCCAAGACGGGCUGGGGUCGCGCUCACCGCAAAGGUAUCGCAAAUUGGUAUGACAGCAAGAAAGGCAAGAAUCUGGCCAACCAUGUGACCAAGUAUAAGCAGAGGAAUGGCUGGUCCCACAAGGACAUGUUCCGUCUUUGCCACAUCAAGCCAACAAGUCCAAGUGUUGCCUUUGUGGUCAAAUACGUUGUAAAGGGGCUCGAGGCCGUUACUGAGCAAGCUACCUCUUCUGGUGUCAGCCAGGAUAUUGUUGAGGUUUAUGAUUUUCUGAAGAUGACAGAAGAUGCAAAGACGAUGAGUGUAGAUGAGCUGUGUGCUGCCAUCAGGUCGCACGGGCUGGUGCGGGAGCAUAUCCCAUCAGAGCAUUUGAAUAAUGUUGAGAUUUGGAAAGCAUUGCUUGAGAAAAUGCCAAUGACUGCCAUGAUAAGAAACCUUGGUAAAAUGACAGCGAUCAAAGUUCUUGAACCAUUAUCUGAUGAGGCAGGCAAGGUGUGUGAUAUGCUGCGCAAUGAGAAGAGUCUCAAGGAUGCACGGAUCCACCCUUUCAACGUCCUCUUGGCACUGCAUCAGUAUAAGAAAGGGCACGGGGACAAAGGCAAACUCAAGUGGGAACCAAACGCUGCAGUAGUCAGUGCCCUUGAUGCUGCCUUCUACCUGUCAUUCAAGAAUGUGGAGCCCACCAACAAAAGGUUUCUGCUAGCCAUGGAUGUGAGCGGGUCCAUGACAUGGGGAGAGUGUAACGGUGCACCAGGGAUCACCCCAGCCGUCGCUUCAGCAGCAAUGGCAAUGGUAGUUGCUCGCAAAGAGCCCAACCACUGUUUCGUGGGCUUUUCUACCAACUUGGUUCCCCUUUCCAUCAACGAAACCAUGAAACUGGAUGAAGUAAUACAAGUCAUUCAAAGUGUCCCCAUGGGAGGAACAGAUUGUGCUCAGCCCAUGAUCUAUGCCACACAGAAGAAGCUCAAAGUAGAUGUGUUUAUCGUCUACACAGACUGCGAAACCUGGGCAGGGCCGAUUCACCCCAGCGAGGCACUCAAAAAGUACAGGGCAGAGUCAGGGAUUGAUGCAAAGCUCAUCGUCUGCGCCAUGACAUCCAAUGGGUUUACCCUCGCGGAUCCUAAUGAUCCAGGGAUGCUGGAUAUGGCAGGCUUUGAUUCAGCUGCCCCUCAGGUCAUGAAUGAAUUUAUACUUGGCAACAUCUAAUGGCAAGGAUUCCUUUAUUAAUUUGCUUGAAUUUGUCUUAAAAAGGUACAUGGUCUUAUACAGGGUUUUGUAGUCAAACUAGUAAGCAAACAUUGCAUUGAAUAGCAGUCCUUGAAUUAUGGAGGAGGCACAAUAAAGAAACAUUAAGAAAACAUUAGGAGGGCAGAGCCACGUUCCUACUGGUCAUUUCCUUAUAAUUUUUUUAAAAUAUUGGAGGGCACGUGCCCCCAGUGCUCCACCCCAUGCUACGGCCCUAUAUAUUACCAUAGCAUGGUUUAUCAAGUGUGUUUUUAUCCAUUAUACUAUCAGGUUGUUUUUUCAUACUCAAGGGGAUGUAUUAAUAGACAUGUGCAUGGUUUAAUUUAAUUAUCUUAGUACCCCUAUCAUAGCUGUCAACUUACCCACAUUAGGCAGUUGCCUAAGAUUUUGGACCUUAUCAAAAGCCUACUUUUUGUUAGAAUGUUCAUACAUUCUCUGUAUUCACCUGCAUUGGCUCUCUUGGGGUUUUUUCACAUAUUUUGGGUUGACAGCUUUGCCCUUUUUUAUACAUGCUUAUGCAUUUAUCAAGCCAAGAAUGUCACUAAACAAACAUUACUAAGUUACUAAACAAAUAUUUUAAAACAUUACUAAGUUACUAAACAAAUAUUUUAAAACAGGACCAAGAACAAAAUGAAUAGACUGUGCUGUACAUGUUACUAAAUGAUUAUUUAGCAAGUAAGAAUUCAACACAAUGAGAAACUUGGCAAAAUAUCAGGCAAAGAAAAACCUUAUUUUACUAAUGCAGCAUUAGAAUCCAAGGCAUGGGGGUUGGUAAAAGAGGUAAAUAAGCUCAAAGCACUAGCUUAUGUCAUUACUCAAGUACAUAUGCUCUUUAUAUAGUCUAGGUAUACUCACAAAAAGCAACAAUAUGUAUUUAGCAUGUAAUUGCUAGUUGUAUGAAAAAUAAAGAAACACUAGAAUCA